AUGUAUCUCUCAACGGUCAUUACUGCCGCUCUGGCAGGUGUAGCUUGUGCAAAUCCUAUCGAAAAGAUCAAGAGACAGAGCAUAGAAGACACAUACGACUUCAUCAUCGCUGGAGGUGGCACAGCGGGCCUUGUUAUUGCAAACCGUUUGACCGAAUGUCCCAACAUCAGGGUGCUUGUGCUAGAAGCAGGUCCGGAACCUGGUAUUGUUGCGAAUUAUAUGUACCCCGGCGGGAAUCAAUACCUAGGAGGUACCGCGAUUGACUACAAUUACUACACGUUGCCGCAGAAGAACCUCAACAACCGAAUCCUUCCCUACCACCGAGGACGGGGACUUGGGGGCAGUUCGGCCAUUAAUGGCCUGUACUAUGGAAGGGGCAGUGCCAGCGUCUACGAUCAUUGGGUCGAGCUCGGCAACCCCGGCUGGGGCUGGGAUGAUCUAUAUCCUCUGAGCGUCAAGCAAACCCAUUUUAACCCGCCCAACCUCAACGACAGUUUCGAUCACAGCUUUGAGACCUGGGAUCCUACUGCAUACUCUAAUGGUGAGUUACAGCUUGCAUUCCAGGGGUACGUGCCGCCCUCAAACGUCGGCUUCAUUCGCGCUGGUGAAGCCAUCGGCAUCCCCAUCGUCAAUGAACUCAACACUGGCAACAACACGGGUGUCAAGCAAGGCACGGGGUGUUUUGACAGCCGGCUCAGACGCAGCUCGAGCUAUGAUGCCUUCUAUAAGCCCAUACAGAACCGCACGAACCUCGACGUCCUCCACUAUGCCUCGGUGACCUCGAUCCAGUUCACCACAGGCAGCAACGGGACAUCACUCGCAACGGGGGUCACCUUUACCGAUCAGCCGACUGGACAAUUCAUCACGGUCAAUGCUACCAAGGAGGUUAUUGUGGCCAUGGGCGCCUUUAACAGCCCUCAACUACUGAUGAUCUCGGGAAUCGGGCCUACCGCACAGUUGAGUCAGAACGGGAUCAAGCCAGUGCACAUCAACGAGAACGUGGGCCAGAAUUUGAAUGAUCACUGCGUCUUCAGCAUCAUGGCCCAAGUCCAACCAAUCGCCUCGACGAGUUCGAUGGCCUUCAGCGAUGCCACACUUGAAGCAGCCGAGCAGCAGUUUCUCGAUUCCUUAACCGGGCCAUACACCGCUCCUUCUGGUAUCACCAACGGUUUCCAGCAGUUGUCGAAUGCCACCCUGCAAGCUAUAGGUGCGCAAGCUGUGCUCGAUGUAGGACUUGUCAACCAGUCGCACGUCGAGUUCUUGUAUGAAUCCCAGUUUUACCCCAGCGGACUGGCAUUCCUCCCGUCAUCGGGUGGCACUUCGUCAACGGGAGGGACCUCUUCGUCAGCAUACUAUGUCCCUCAGUCCAACUUGUCUUAUAUUUCCCUUACGGCAUCACCGCUCGUGGCGCUCAGUCGCGGCAGCGUGACGCUGAAGUCGGCAUCGAUUUUUGAUGCCCCAAAUAUCGACCCAAACUAUUACGCGAAUGAAACUGAUCGCGCUGUGGCCAUCAACUCGUUCAAUGACCUGAGAACUUUGCUUGCACAUCCGGCUAUUGCACAGUUCACCAUUGGGCCCAACAACGGAGAGGUCCAGCCUGGACUUGCGAAUGUUCCUGCAAACGCCUCGGACGAUGUGAUCUUCGACUACAUCAAGGCCAAUACCAUCCCGAACUGGCAUGCAAGUGGAACUUGUCAGAUGCUCCCCGAGGCAGCCGGCGGCGUGGUAGAUGCACGUCUCCGAGUCUAUGGAGUGCAAAACCUCCGAGUGUGCGAUGUCAGUAUCAUCCCGCGGCUGCCCGAUGUCAACCUCCAAGGACCGGUGUACAUGAUUGCCGAGAAAGGUGCUCAGAUUAUCAAGGAAGACUACAAUUUGCAGUGCUGA